AUGCUUCCACCCUUUUCUUGCGCUUACGUGAAGGGCUGGAAGAGGGGAGUGACGCUUUUGAUCGCUCUUCAUGGCAUCAGAGAACUUGGCCUCGAGGGUGAGAUUCCACAUUGGGUGAAGGUGACGUUUGGAACGAUUCACGCGUCUUUUGGGACCUUCGCAGAUGACACGAAAGGCAAGGUGAUGGCCAACAGAGGUGCAACACUCCAGCACACUGCAACACGUCGUCCUCCUCAUUGUUUCAAUUUCCUUCGACAAGUGGAGAUCAUUGAGCGCAGCGGUGGUGCAGGGGUGUUGCAGCAGAUGGAGGAGUGGACCAAUGCGACUUCUCUGGCCAAAGCAUUUUCUUUGGGCAAGUUGGAGUCCGAGGCCAUUUUCAACCUACGCCUCAGAGUUCCGGCGGCUGUUUUGAAGGUUCUUACGGAGGCGGUCAAGCAGCGGGGAUUGGCAAAGCUGCUCACUCACGAUGUUAUCGCCAGAGAUUGCUUCAACCAGAAUUUCUCGUCUGGAGUGAACGCCAUGGAACAGUGGAAGGAGGAAUUGCGCAACCGUGAUGGGAAUGAGCUGGCCCUGCUUUUUGUGCAGCGCUUGCUCAGUGACCACGACAGCACCCCCCCUCAGUUGCGAAAGCCUUUGACGUUUCGGGAAGCCCUUGGGAAACACCAGGCAUGUGGAGGGUUUCUGCACUACCUCCGCCUCUUGCAGCAAAUGGCCCCAGCAGCUGAUUACCCUGAGAUGGAGAAGGACUUGAAGCAGCAAUUCCGGUACGGGUAUUUGGACCCGGAUAUCCUGCAUUCGCUCGAAACGAUGGUCCCACCAGGGGACAUCCAAAUGGUGGGCGCCUUCAGGACCUAUGUCGCCAGGGUGGAGCAGAGUGCAAGGAGCGAAAAGAUGAAGAGGGAAGCUGAUCUUGCAGCCAAUGUCAGGGCCGCAGACCUCACGCAGUUGCUUGCACGCCUUGAGGCUGACAUGGAACUUCUGAGUUCCAAGGAGAAUAACAGUGCUUCGAGAGCUGCGGAGACUGCGAAGGACAUGAAGUAUCUUUGGGACAGGCAACUGAAAGGCGAAAGGUGGGUGGAUGAGUGGAUGGCCGAGAAUUGCAAGCUCUUGGAAUGUGAUCAGGACAUGCACGCAGCCAUGCCUGGUUUGCUGGCAUUCAAGGAGCAGUUCAGAGGCAUUGCUGGCAAGGAGUACAUCAUGUGCACCUACGAUUGCACAGUCUUUCCGUCCAAUGCCACCUACGUUCGUCAGACUGGCCUUUGUGCGUCCAACAUCCUAUCCUUGAGUUCUGGAGCUUUUUGCCAUCUUCAGUUUCCUGUGUAUCAGCCACAGACAUCAGCCUCUGCCGUUUUGAAGCAUCGCCGGAUCCUUGAGGACCAGUUCAUGCGAAGCAACCUGAACAUCCUGUUGCCGGUCCAGCUUCUGUUCAGCAAGGCGGAGGGCGGAGCGCGAGACAACAGGUCGCUGAAUCAGCCCUGCUUGGCCCUGCUACACAACAACUUUGAGGCUUCGGAAUGGCAGAGAUCGGAGCCAGUCCAGCAGGGCAAAAUUGGGCCGGUGCCCCUCCUGAGGUUCAGUGACUUCUUGGGGUACGAUGACACCACCCGACCAUCAUCCCAGGGUCGUGUGGAACAGAAGGGAGUGGAUGCGCACAUGGGAAUCAUUUCCAGCUACAUGCAGGGCAUGGAGAUCAAGCCAGAAGAUCGCCUGAUCAUUUGCGAUAUUCUUCCGAACAAGCAAUUCGAGUUUGGCAGAGCGGUUGUCCAGCAGCGCUUGGCAGAACCAACUUCACCGUGGAGGUACAUCGGCUUUGUCAAAAAGUUGGAUGGGGCUCAGCCGAGCGCUUUGGGUGACAUCUUGAAGGCUUUACGGAGCCAAGUGUGGGACUUUUGGGAUUCCAGCUCGCAUGCUCCACCAAAGACCCGGCCUCAAGAAGGAGGUGCUGGCGCUGAUGCUGUUCCAGAUCUUCAAGUCUUGGCUUUUCAAGGUGGCCAUCCUGUCUGGCCAGAGGUCCUGCUGAACCGUUUUCCAGAAGGAACAAGUGAACAUGAUGCUCUGAAGAAGCAGGAGGAAUUUCUGAGGAAGUUCCCUCGUGCGCCUGAGGUUUCGUCUUCCAGGGCGACUGGGCUACCACCACGUGCCGGUGGCUUGUGUGAUUUCAGCAUCGACAAUGGGUUGAGGCCUUUGGAUGUCACCAAGCAGGUGUCGCUGACUUGCGUGAAGGAGUCAGAUUUCACUGUGACGAGGCUGGGUUCUUGUGCAAUGAGGAGUGGACGGCCAGCUUUGGUUCUGACGUCUACCUACGACUUGUGGGUUGGCAACACCUCCGACAACGUGGUCAAUUUGGAUGCUGGAGAAUUGUUUGGUUUCAGCACAGGCAAUUAUGAGGAGGUGACUUUCCCGAGUGGAGUAUUGGUGGAGCCAAGUGGUUUGCUGCUCCGCUUCACCAGCGACUUGCAGCUGAUCGUGUCCGAGGAGAAGAAGAUUAUGGCAUUGUGCGAAUACUUGCGGUUCUUGGCCACAGAGAAAGGGAUUGGUUCCCUUACCAUCGAGGAUCACAAAAUGGAGCCACGCAUGCACGAGGCAGAAGCUGGCAGGGAAGCUAUGCCGAUUUGCUUCCGCUACCAGAUCUCAUGCUUGGACUCGGGCAAGACACACAUGUUCAAGCCGAACGCGUUCGACUCAGAGUCGCCGACCCCGACCCAUCGUACUUUUGGGGCACUCUACAACUCAGCUUACGACAAAGUGGCCCGCAAUGAUUUUGCCCGUGUGUUGUGGGAGGUGGGGUUCAGUUUUACACUUUCGAUUACCUUUUUGAUCGCUUUUGAAAAGGUUUUUUCUGUUCAUUGUCUGGUCUCAAAUUGA